AUGAAGGUAAACCAGUCCAUUUCAAGGUUUCGUCCGGCGUCGUGGUUCGAAAAGACAAAAAUAAUCCCGCCCCAAGUGUACAUUUUCAGGAACUUGGAAUAUGGACAAGUGCUGUAUUCUCAGUUCCCCAAUUUUUCGCAGAACCAGCUUGACAAGCUGUUCGUGAGGCCGAACUGGAGCAACAGGAAACCCUCGAUAAGAAGGGACAUCUGGAAAUGCAUGUGUGUGGUGAACCUACAAAAUUACCAGCAGAGCGUCCAACUGUACCAAAACCUCUGCCGAUUGAGAUAUCUGCGCGACGUGGCACAGCACAAGGACAACGACAAGCUCAGAAAGAAGGACUCCAACGGGCAUGUCUGGUACAGCGGACAAUAUAGGCCCACGUUUUGCCAAGAGGCCGUGGCGGACUUGCGAGAGUCGUUGUUGAAGAUGUUCGAGGGCAGCGCACAAGCGGAAACGCAGGCUACGCCCGCCAAGAAACCGUCGAUAUACUGGGAAGACCCGUGGCGGAUGGGCGACAAGGAAAAAUACUGGAGCUCCGGCGUGUUCGACGCUCUGGGGCUGGAACACAAACUUAUCGAGCGUGUGGGAAACACCGCAAGAGAGGAGAGCGUGGUCCUGAAAGAACUAGCCAAGUUGGAAUCGCAGUCUCCGGAUCAGACGAAAGCACCCCCACAAUAG